AUGUUUCUAAGUUCUAAGAAAAGAAGAGUUUUUGUAUUAUUUAUGUAUUUCUUUGUACAAAAUGUAAAUUCAAACAAAUCUACUAAUGUUUCUAACAACUUCUCAAGUAAUAUUGCUACAAAUUUAGCAUCUAGUUUGGCUACCCCUUUACCUACAAAUGUGGCUAGCCAUUUGAUUCCGAAUUUGGUGGCGGCACAACAGAAUAAUACUGCGCAUGUAGAUUCCCAUAAAACGAUAUCAACAAAUAAGCAUACUUGUGAAGCUGCUGGAUGUUCAUCUUAUAAAGACAUUAUUAAAAAUAAUUCUUCAUUUCACACAAGUAAUGGUCAUCAAAGUAAUGAUGGUGAUUGUUUGAACGGUUUUAUUUGUAAAAAGUGUAAAAAGACACAUGCAAAAAGUCCAAAUAUUUGUUUUUAUUCUUCUCUAGAUACUUAUGAAAAUUUAUAUGAAGGAAUUUUAGAAGAUUUUAAACAGACUUCUUAUGAUAGCUUCAAAAUUCCUUUGGAUAAAUCGAGCAAAAAUAUAAAGAGCAAAGGAAAACAUAAAAACCACAACACAAAUAAAGAGGAUAAUGAUAAUAAUGAUAAUAAUAAUGAUAAUAAUAAUGAUAAUAAUAAUAAUAAUAAUAAUAAUAAUAAUAAUAAUAAUAAGGAUAAUCAUAAUAAGAAAGACACAAAUGAAAAUGAAGAGGAUGACGAGGAUGAUGAUAAUAAAAACAAAAAUAAGGGGGAUAAAGACGAUGAUAGAGAUGACGAAGAAGAUUAUAAAAGUUCCACAAAAGAAAACAAUUUAAAAAAAAAAAAAAAAAAAUCUGAUGAAGAUAAUGAAGAAACAGAAGAUAUUGAUGACGAAGGGGAAGAAGACGAUCAAAAUGAAGAAGAUGAUGAAGAUAAUAAUAGUAAAAAAAAAAAAUUCAAUAAUAAAACAAAUAAUGAGACAGAUUCCUUUUUAGAAAAAUAUUCUAAGAUUUCUUUCCACACUUUUUUAACACCUAAUAAAUUAACAUGUAAAGAUAUAAAGGAAAAGAAAAAGAGCAAAAAAAUGAAACAACGUAUAUAUAUAAAUAAUAAUAAAAAGAAUCCAGCAUGUCCUCUGGAGCCACUUGAGCCUUCACUAAUUCAAUAUAACAUCAUAAAUUUGAAAACAAAUAAAAAUGAAACUAUAGAUAAAAACAAAAGAAUAGAUAUAAAUAAUAAGGGAGAUACAUAUACAUACUCCUUUCCAAAAUAUUCUUUCUUAAAAGAAGAAGAAAGAAUACAAGAAAUGGUAAGCAACGAAAAAAAUGACAAAAAAGAAGAACAUGUUCUAUAUAGAAGAUUAAAAAUUAAUAUUAACAAAUAUGAAGAAUAUCUUAAAAGUAAAUUAAAUAAAUGUCAUAUAUCUGAUGAUGGAAUAGCUACAAUUUUUAUUAAAUUAAUUUUACAAAUUGUAAAGAAUAAAAGUGAAAUAUAUACAGAUCCUAGUAAAAGAAGUAUACUAAAUAAUAAUAGUAGUAUUAAUACCUCUACUACUAAAAAUAAUAAUAAUAACAAUAAUUCAAAUAAGGAAAAACACAAAUACUCUGAUGAAGAUGAUGAAGAUAAUGAAGAUAACGAAGAUAACGAAAAUGAUGGAUAUAAUUCAUAUGGACAAAAAAAUAAAAAUAAUUUAUCAGAAGACGAUUAUGAUAAUGAAAAUGACAAUGAUGAAUAUGGGAACAAAAAUAAGAAUUCAAAUCAAUCAUAUAAUUAUAUGUCAUCACAAAAUAAUAACGAUCAUAAUAACCAAGUUAAUAAAUAUGCUUAUAUACAACUAUUAGAUAAAAACUACCAAAAUAUUUACAAUACAAAUAAUCCUAUAAAUAAAAUACAUCAAAAAAAUUAUACAUAUGAAAAAAAAUAUAAUCAAGAUAGAAAAAAUAAAAUAUUAUCAACACAGGUACCAAAUACUACAAAAUACAAUUUUUUUGAAUAUCACAACGUAGACGAACUAGAAGGAGAUUCAAUGGAAAAUUAUUAUAAAUCUAAACGUGGUUUUUUUAAAAAUAUAUUCAAAAAAGUUUUCAAAAGAAAAAAAGGGAAGGAAGGUGAUGAAGGGGAAGGGGAAGGGGAAGGAGAAGAGGAAUUUCAUAAUGAAGAAGUAGAAUCAAAAGGAAAAGAAAAAAAAAAAAAAAAAUUAUUUUCCUUUUUUAGAAGGAAAAAUAAAAAGAAUAAAAGUAAAAAUGAAGGAGAUGAUUCAUAUAAUGAAAGUAAUCAAGGAGAAGAUAAUGAAGACAAUUAUGAAAAAAAAAAAAAUAAACGUUAUGAUAUGGAUAACGAUGAAAAAGAAAAAGAAAAUGACGACGAAGAAGAUAAUGAUAAUAAUAAUAAUAAUAGUUAUAGUUAUAUUAGUAAUAAUAAGAAAAAAAAAAAAAAUGAUAAAAAAAAAAAAAAAAAAUUUAAUAAGCAUAAAUUAAAAAUCAAAAAUUUCUUUACAAAAUUAAAACAAAAAGUUUUACCAAAAAAACAAAAAUUACAUAUAGAAGCUUUUUUUAAUAAUAUUAUUGUAAAAUCAUGUAAAAAUUCUUUAAAAUGGAAAGGGAAAAUGUUUAAAAAACGUUCAUUAAUAGAAAUGACAUUAAAAGUACCUGCCAAAAUUAAAUAUAUAGAAGAUGAGCCUUUGAAUUUUUUUCGAUCAGGUUAUGAAGUAAUAUUAACAUGUAAAAAUUGUGAGGAAAUAUUAUUUAAUUCGUGUGUUCAGGUAUAUUGUACUAAAACCAAAACAGAGAAUGAUGACAAAAAAAACAAAAAACAAACAAACACAGGUGCGACUACUCCAAGUUUUACUACCAUGGCUUCUGCUGCAAGUUUUGCUCCUUUGCCUGAAUAUAAUUACCAACAAUUAUAUCCCUUAAAUUCUAAUUGGUCUCUUUCCGAUUAUUUCAGCUGUGAUACCCAUACGUAUAUAAAAUAUUCACUUGUAUUCUUACUUAUGAUAUUUAUUUCGAUAUAUUAA